CGCUUCAAGGCAUUUGACAGACUUGGCGCCCCCUGGAAACUGGAAAGCGACCAAGGUACCCCUUUUCUGCACAUCACGCACACCGUUCUCCCGCUCAUGGAUCGACAAGUUCUGCAAAGAGUGUCUCGAUCCGCCGUUUGAAGGGCUGCCGGAUGACGCCAAACUCGAAUUGAUCGAAGGAGACUUCGUUGGUUGGACGCCUCUUGAAAUCGCUCGACGUUACGUGGUUCCCAACCUGGCUCGCGAGGACUCGCCGUUCACCAGUCUCACCUUCGCCAUCGCCGAUGAUCAGUCGCACAAGGAUGGCAAGGUCUUGAUCCCAGGCAUCGACGAAGAUUACUUCCGAGACGGAAUGGAGGGCUACCCGCUCAGGAUCGAAGCGACGAUUCGACAAGAGCCCGAAGGCGUUUUGAUCGAUGCUUUCCUCCUUCACGAGGGGAUUCAUGGCAUGUGCAACAAGGACUCAGAGUUCUACUACGACAACACAAAAGAUCCCGAGUACGUUGCCGAGAAACAGGCUUGGCUCGAAGCGGGCAGAGACCUAGAUUCUCCAAAGCCAUUCAUCGAAGGCCUCCCAGUGCGCAAGUACUACCUCUAUACUGACGGCAAAGAGGUGAGCGUCUGUCAAGACGAGGUGGACGACCCUACAAAAGAAUGGUGGCUCGACGAGCCGAAAAGCGAUAAGGUCCGCGAGAUCAGCGAAGAGGAACACUUGCGAAGGUGGAAAGCUCGCGUCGACGCUGCCAAGGCCGAACGAGAAGCCAAGAUAGCUGAGGAUGUUCGGCGCUGGAUAGCAGGCACAUACGAAUACCCUGCUAACAGGCCCCACAUCAACGGCACGUUCUGGCUUCUGUCCAACGGUCAAGUGUUUCUUGGCGGCCCUGAAUACGGGCCAGGCUACGUAAUGGACGCGUUUCCAGAGCGAGUUGAGGUGGUGCGCGAGACCACUCGGAAAGAAAUGUACGAAAGGUUCCUAGCCGAAGAAGCCGACAAAGUUACUCAGGCAUCGACAAAGGACGGGGACGUUCAGAAGGACGGCAAUGCAAUCUGA